CAACUCCUUCCUCUCAGCCACCACUGCCGUUUCACUCAGCUCAGCUUCCACUCUUCUUCUUCUUCUUCUUCCAAUGGAGUCAGUGUUAUUUGGCUUCAGAGAAGAACCAAACCUAGAAAAAGACACCGCAAAAACAUCGUCAAGUGCACUAAGAUUGGUCCCCUGGUUGAGCUGGGAAGAAUGGAUUUUCGUCAAAAACUCUCUCUUCUCCGAUUCCCCUCACUCUGUUUCCGAAGCUCUCAACAGAAUAUCGGCGUGGCGAAGCCGCGGUUGCUUGCCAGUUGUCGUCGAAGUCACAGCUUCCAUCGUUGAAAUCCAGCAGAAGGAUCCAUACUUUAGAGCGGAUCAAUCUGAUGAAGCUUCUCUCUCGGAGGAGUUGCUUUCUAUGCUUUAUUGCAUGGCAAUCGUCAGGUUAGUGAAUUGUGGUGUUGAGAAAACACGCAAGAAGGAAUUGGUUUCAAUUGCUGAGGCUGCUGAGGCAAUUGGUAUUCCGCGCAUGCUCAUUGAUAUUCGCCAUGAGGGAUCACAUCGUGACCUUCCAUCACUCAAGGUUGUUCGAAGUGCCUCUGUUAAGGCACUUGAUUGGUUAAAGUCUUAUUACUGGGAGCCGCAGAGCAAAGAAAUUCCUUUUCAGGGUGUAGGAAAUGCAAAGGUAAAAAAAGAAAUCAAGUCUAAGAUUCGUGAAUUAGCCAUCUGCCUGAAAGACAAUGGGAGUUCCCAUUCUAGCACUUCAUUGGGAAAACGGGUGAAGCAUGGUGAAUUGCUUUUUGGGCGUAACAAGCAUUUGGCUCUUGUGGUUGGCAAGAGCCAAAAAUCACGAUCUGGAGGCUCAAAGAAACAGAUUGCAAAGUCCUUGAAAUCCAUUCUUCGGCUAUAUUCAACCUUCUCCUCAGAGAUUGUACAUGUGCUGCUGGAGUAUUUGUUGAAAUUUUUAAGCUCCUCAGGGUUCAAAGAAAAUGCAGAUGAUGCAACUGUUGAUCUAACUGCUGAGAAUAUAUUGUCUGAUUGGAAUCUUAUCAUAGUCAAAUUGUGGAACAAGGAACCAGAAUUACUCCUGAACCUUCUUAACGUUGUUCUUGAUAUGAUUGAGACUCAGGAAGAUAUGAAAUGUGAAGGAGUGUCUUACCAACGUCAUCAUCUUUCUUCUUUGUUUGCAUGGCUUGUUGGAAUUCUCUGCAAAACCCCUUCUGCAGCAUCAAAAAUGCCUAAAGGAGUUUUGGUUGAACUUCUUCGAAAAUGUCUUCUAGUAUCACGACUCUGCAACAAGCAGCUUAUGGAUUCAGCCCUUUAUCUUGCAGUACUGAUGGAUGAUACCUCUUUGUUGGAUAGAGUUAGAAAGGUUUCUACUAUUUGUUUGUCCAAUUUAGAAAUUUCUGAUGAUGAUAACUCUUUAUUGAAUUCAAAGAAUAUAUCCCAAUUUGAGGAAUGUAUACAUGAAGCAGCUAGAAAGCUAGAGUCAGUUAAACAACAGAUUAUGAAGAAGAAAAAUCCAAUGGCUAUGGAUUGCGAGACUAAAAAACCACAAGUGUGGACUCUGGCAAAGUCAUGGAACCCAUGUCCUAUCGGCAUGUUGCCUCGCGCUGCCGGUUCUUCUGGUUUUCUCCCUGUUCUUGACAAUAUUAACCAAAACCAAAAUCAAAAUCAAGUAUCCGAAAGGGAAGACAGUUGGAAACUUAUCAAACACGGUGCCAAGAGAGAUGCCACUUUAGACCUUAAGCUACUUGAUAACUCAACUGUUAAAAAGAUGAGGGAGACCCAAGAGGAAAUUGGUGAAUUGAACAAUGUAGUGCAAACAGAAGAGGAUGAAGGGUGGCUUAUGGUAGAUGGAGUUUGGAAGAGAGUUAUGGAAGAAGAGCUACAAGCCAUUAAAUCAGAAGUAAGGAUUUUAUUUUAACUUAUGCUUCCUGUUUAGUCUUUGUCAAGCUUUAAUUUAUGUGAUGUUAUGUUAUGGUCUAUUAUUAUUAUUCAUUUAUUUAAAGUAUUCACUAAAAUUUUUAUUUAGAAGGGGUGGGUUAUCUUUUUCCCCCUUUAUAAACGAAAAAAGAAAAUGGGCAA